UCGAGCUUUCCUUUUCGGGAGUCCCCGGCACACAUCCUGUGUCCAUGUUUGGGCAUUUACGUCACGGCGGCAGGGCCGGGGCCUCCCGAAAUGGCAGUGGCCCGGGGAGUCGGAAGCCCGGAGCUAGCGCCGCCGCAGCUAUAUAAGUGGGGGGGCCGUGGGUUGGGGGAGCCCGGCUGCGCUUUGGAGAGGCGAGGAGCCGCCGCCCGAGGCCGGUGCGGGCGAGCGAGGGCGCCGCGGCCCCCCAACUCCCUUCCCAGUGGUGAACCCCCGGAGCCAGGAGCCCGAGCGCCUAGGUCUGCGCGCCGUGGGGCGCCCCGACCGCCGGCCUCCCUGCUACCCGCGCGCCCCCAAGCCCAGCGUGCGAGGCCCCGGGCGUCCCCAAAUCGCCGCCAAGCCAUGCUCCACCUUAGCGAGUUUUCCGGCCCCGACGCGCUCUUCGUCAAGUCCACCGAGGGCUGUUGCGCGGAACCUAACGCUGAACUGCCCCGGCUGCCGGCCAGGGACGCUUCCGCGGCUGCUGGCUACCCCGGAGGCGACUUCUUGAGCUGGGCUUUGAGCAGCUGCGGCGCCGGGGGAGACUUAGCCGACUCCUGCUUCUUGGAGGGUCCUGCACCCACACCCCCUCCCAGCCUCAGCUAUAGCGGUAGCUUCUUCAUUCAGGCGGUGCCCGAACACCCGCACGACCCGGAGGCACUCUUCAAUCUCAUGUCGGGCAUCUUAGGCUUGGCACCCUUCCCUGGCCCUGAGGCGGCAGCAUCCCGGUCCCCGCUGGAUGCUCCUUUUCCCACGGGCCCCGACGCCUUGCUACCAGGUCCUCCGGACCUUUACUCCCCGGAUCUGGGCGCUGCCGCCUUCCCAGAGGCGUUCUGGGAAGCCUCACCUUCCACAGGCGCCCCCUCGCAGUGCCUGUAUGAGCCUCAGCUCUCCCCACCCGACGUCAAGCCGGGUCUCCGGGCGCCUCCGGCCUCUCCAGCGCUGGACGCUGCCUCGGCCUUCAAGGGUCCUUACGCGCCCUGGGAGCUCCUUUCUGUUGGGACCCCAGGGAACUGUGGGUCACAGGGAGGCUACCAGGCGGUCCCCGAGGCUCGUUUCCCCUCAAUAGGGACCAAGAUUGAGGACAUACUGUCCAUCAGCUGCCCUGCGGAGCUGCCAGCCGGCUCAGCCAACAGACUCUAUCCCACCGGGGCCUACGAUGCUUUCCCGCUGGCCCCUGGUGACUUAGGAGAGGUGGCCGAGGGCCUCCCAGGGCUCCUGACCCCUCCUAGUGGGGAGGGAGGGAGUAGCGGCGACGGUGGAGAGUUUCUGGCCGGUGCGCAGCCUCAGCUUUCCCCGCUGGGCCUUCGCAGCGCCGCCGCGGCGGACUUCCCAAAACCUCUAGUGGCGGACAUCCCUGGAAGCAAUGGCGUGGCUGCGCCACCCGUGCCACCGCCGCCCGCCCCGUUUCCCCCAGCCAAGGCGCGGCGCAAGGGGCGCCGGGGCGGCAAGUGUAGCGCGCGCUGCUUCUGCCCGCGGCCGCACGCCAAGGCCUUCGCUUGUCCGGUGGAGAGCUGUGUGCGCAGCUUUGCGCGCUCCGACGAGCUCAACCGCCACCUGCGCAUCCACACGGGCCACAAGCCUUUCCAGUGCCGCAUCUGCCUCCGCAACUUCAGCCGCAGCGACCACCUCACCACGCACGUGCGCACCCACACCGGCGAGAAGCCGUUUGCCUGCGACGUGUGCGGCCGCCGCUUCGCGCGCAGCGAUGAGAAGAAACGGCACAGCAAGGUGCACCUCAAGCAGAAGGCGCGCGCAGAGGAGCGGCUCAAGGGCCUCGGCUUUUACUCGCUGGGCCUCUCCUUCGCCGCCGUGUGAGCAAGAGAUGGGUUUGUGGGUUGGGGCGCCGCCGCCCGGCGCGCACAAGAAGAUCCGGCCCGUUCUCCUCCUCGCUUUUCUUCCAACUGUUCCUCGCACGCCCGGGGGCCGGCCUCCGUCCCGCUUCCAGUUCCCCUGAAGUGCCCGCCGCACACGCCCUGUUCAGCACCAGCUCCGUGGACAGCUCCCGCCGUCCCGGCGCUGUCUCCCUAGUUCGCAGCGCUUUGGGGGGAAGUUCCCUCAGGCCAUCCACUGAGCGGGCUCUUCCUUGAGACCCGAGACAGUCUUUUGUACCUGGCGCACGCCCCACGCCGUCCUCUAUACCCCCCAGAGACUGGCUGGGGCAGCGCCGAGCCGGUCUCGCGCGGGACUUUGUACAGCAGUGUCGUUUUCAGCAGCCAUUGGAUGUAACGUUUUGCUUUGGGGUUUUUUUUUUCUUUUUUGUUGUUAAUUUUUGUAAAGCAGACGCUACUCUCAAGUAGUUGACAAAACUGUUUAUUUUUGCAAUUAAAAUUAUUGUGCUAAAAGCUUACCGAAUCUGCCAUGUAAGCUCCUGACCCUUCCCCCAACUCCUCCCCCGCAACCAUAUUUGCCAGAAAAUAAAGGCGAUCCCCACGCUCAUGGAGUACAGGCCCUGAACACAUUACACACCUAGUGUCAGGCACACCUGCCAGGCACUGCGGUACAUGAUAGGCAUUUAAUAAAUAUGUCCUGAAUGAAUGGAUGAAUUUAAUCACAGCUGACCUAAGGACUAGAGUGUUUCUGGAACUUGAAAGUGAUUGAAAGGCAUCGGCGUUAAACAUUUCGCAUGCAUAUGUUAUUUUCCUUAAUCCUCACAAUCCAGGUGAAGGAAGCAUAUACUCUAUUUCAAAAGUGAGGAGGUAACUUGCUGGUAACCCAGCUAGAGACAGACAGGAUCAAACAGAGCCGUCUGACUUCAAAGCCAGUGCUCAUUUUUCAACGCCAGAAUGAAGGCACCUGAACUUAACAGCACCAUUUGGAAAGACUUCCUAGCAGAAAGUGAGAAACAGGUUUGGCAACUAGAGGGAGCCCCAGGCAGCAGCGACAGCAGCAAAAGGCUGCAGGAUUUCAGUGCUGUUUGUGAAUACCCAGAGUUUGGGUGUCACAGAGGCUCCAGCCAGUGGCUGUGCUCCUGUUCAAGAGUCACAUGCUGUCAGGGCCAAAAGGUUCUUGGCAUUUAGCUAGCCCACACCUGAGUAUAGCAAGGAGCAGGCAUUUGCCAGAGGCUCACGUAGUUGCUCUUCCCACAAAGGAGGCAGCAGCCCCCUCUUACACUUCAACCAUGCACCUGCCAAAGCCACUUUUCUCAAGCUCCCCUUCCAGAUGA